AUGCCCCAGGUCUCUGGACGUCCUCCUCCUUACUCUCGAGAGUGGGUUUUACCUCCACCUCCACUUCAAACCGAUGUCGGUCAUCGCGCUUGGGCCUUCCAGUGCGCUUUCGAAAAUGCCCGUGAAAUCGUGAGAUGGACUAUCCUGCAAACUUUCAAGAACUGGCAAGAGAAAUGGGCACUCGAAGGUCAGAAGGUGUCGAGGAGCGGUCUACAACAGGCCUACAACCGAGCACCAGAAGAUCUGAAACGCGCCGUCGACUGGCAGUUGAGAUGGGAUGCACCAGUUGUCAUGUUGUCAGACCAGAGUCGUCGUUGGCAUGAACAUGUUCGGCGGAAAGAAGCGGGUAUUCAUGAAGACAUCUUACCACUGCGAAAGUUCGAAGAGGAGUUUGAUACCGCAUCUCCAGCCAUUCAGAAGGCAGUUCAGCGUACUGUUUCGGCGUGGACGAACUAUAACGGUCCGGUUAGGCUAGAUCCUCCCCAGCGCGAGGAUCUCGCAAGCGUGUACGAGGCCGCCCCUCCGCCUCUAAAGCUCGCGCUGUGUUUCGUCCUGGAAAUGGGUCUCACUGUACCAUUUCAACGAAUGCAGACCAUCGACGAGAGGAGAGAAAGCAUCUAUACAAUCGUGGCAGAACACCGGGCAUUGGUGCCUCAAUGGAAUGUACGUGGCAAGGCGGCGGGUUUAUGGUGA